AAUCCCUUUAGAUUUCUUCUAGGGUUUCAUCAACCUCAAAUUCUCAACUCUUUAUUUUUUUUUUUCUGUGUUUCUCUCUUUCUCUAAGAAUCACCGAAAUGGAAGUUCGUAUGCAAAUGCAAUCUCCAUUUCUCGUCAGGUAUCGAUCUCGUAACGUGGAUGGACAAUUCUACUCGUGUGCUGAGAUUAAGGUGUACUGCUUCGGUCUCGUCAUGGUUUUGUUUAUCCUCGGGACGGUUCUUCAGAUCGUGGGUGUUUACGGAUCACAAAAUAUCUGGCUUGGACCGAAUUCGUCCAUUCUUGUGGAACCAAGUUCCAUAUUUGUCCAAAGCAUUAAGGUGAAGGAGCUUGAUUACUCUAAACCUGCAGGGAUCCAGCUUUAUGGAUUCUAUGGGUCUCCUCCCUUGAAUCAUUUGGUGAAUUGGUCAGAAUCCCGAGUGUUACCUGUCUCACAUGAUUCUUACAAGGGUUGGCCAUAUUACUUUAACCGAGGGACUUUCCUGAAUAUUACCUAUACCGUAAAACCAGAAGGUUCAGCGGUCGAGCUUGUGGUCGAGGAAGGAUCGCAAGGCAUCUCUCCUUCAUCGUUGAACGAGAUUACAUUUCAUCGUGACUUCGCUUGGUCAUGGAAUCUAAUUCAUGGGAGUGGUAUGAUUCAAUUGGAGAUAAGUAAGUCUUCAGGUUAUUAUCUUGCUGUGGCUAACUUGAAGAAGAGUAAGGACGUAGAGGUGGAACUGACUAUUGAUGUGAGGGCUGUCUUGUAUGAUACUAAACAAUCAUUAUACAACUGUACCUUCAGCAAUGGCGAGUGCACAUUCAAACUCAAUGCAAUGUCCCUUGCUGGAAAGUCUGUUGUCGUAACUUCACCAGCACCGAGUCAGGGAGUAUCCAUCGACGAUGAAUGGUGCAUCAGCGUCUCAUAUGAACAUAGAUGGAUUGCAUAUGUAACUUGCACAGGUCUGGUGAUUUGGUUCAUGCUUGUAGCUACACAGUGUUGUGGUGGAGAGGGACAUCUAACCGAAAAUAAUGAUUCAGCAAGAACACCUCUACUUGCAGACAAAGUUGAUGAUUAUAAGUUGGUGUACUCGAUAUGGGAUCGAAACACCAUUAGUAUUUUUGUGUAGUGUCGUUGCUUAUUCUUUUUUAAUUAUUGAAUAGUAGUUCUUAAAGCUUUACGAGGAUAAUUUUCAUGUUCAUAAUUCUAUUACAAUGAGUGUAUAUGAUAUUUUCUUAAAGCAAUUUCUUCUAUAUAGCUGAUUUUUUUUUUUCUGUCUAAAGUAACAAAAAUUUCCAAAAUCUCUAGUCUCUGUCAUAUACUAUUUCUAACCAAAAAAAGGAAGAACACUAUCCGAGUCAGUAGUUUCUUCGACACACGAUGUUUAUA